AAACCCUAGCAAGGUUUGGCCUAAAACCCUGAACCUCUGCAACUGAGCUCUCUGUUCUUUCUUCUUCUCCAAGUAUUUCCCACUUCCGGCCCCCGAUCACUGUCUCGCUCUGUUACUCUGAAAUGGCGUCGGCGGCAGUCAGGAACCCGAAUUCGAAGCGGUUGUUCGCUCUUUCGCCACGAAUUUACUCGUCAUGCUGCCGAGGAUGCGCCGUCUCCUCGCCGUUCUCUUCAUCCGAAUCGCCGAUCGCUUCACAUCAGUCUCCCAACCCUUGGUGGAGAUCGAUGGCCACCUUCACUCGCACAAAACCUCAUGUGAAUGUGGGUACAAUUGGCCAUGUUGACCAUGGGAAGACCACCUUAACUGCAGCAAUCACCAAGGUCUUAGCAGAAGAAGGGAAAGCUAAAGCUGUUGCCUUUGAUGAAAUUGAUAAAGCACCUGAAGAGAAGAAGAGAGGGAUUACAAUAGCCACGGCACAUGUAGAAUACGAAACUGUGAAGAGACAUUAUGCUCAUGUAGAUUGUCCUGGGCAUGCAGAUUAUGUUAAAAACAUGAUUACUGGAGCUGCUCAAAUGGAUGGGGGUAUUCUAGUUGUAUCUGCCCCGGAUGGACCAAUGCCACAAACUAAGGAACACAUUUUGCUUGCUCGCCAGGUUGGUGUGCCAUCACUUGUUUGCUUUCUUAAUAAAGUUGAUGCUGUUGAUGACCCGGAACUGCUGGAACUUGUGGAAAUGGAGCUACGUGAAUUGCUUAACUUCUAUAAGUUUCCUGGGGAUGACAUUCCGAUUGUCCGAGGAUCAGCUUUGUCUGCAUUGGAGGGUACAAAUGAAGAAAUUGGGAAAAAGGCUAUUUUAAAAUUAAUGGAAGCUGUAGAUACAUAUAUUCCAGAUCCCAUACGGCAACUUGAUAAACCUUUCUUGAUGCCUGUUGAAGAUGUUUUUACCAUUCAGGGCCGUGGAACUGUUGCAACCGGCCGUGUAGAACAGGGUGUAAUUAAACCAGGGGAAGAAGUGGAGAUUUUGGGACUGUCACAGAACAAACUUAAAACUACAGUAACCGGUGUUGAGAUGUUCAAGAAGACUUUGGAUUUUGGCCAGGCUGGAGACAAUGUAGGACUACUUCUACGCGGCUUGAAACGUGAUGAGAUCCAACGAGGGAUGGUAAUUGCAAAACCUGGUACUCUAAAAACAUACACAAAGUUUGAGGCAGAGAUAUAUGUCCUCACAAAAGAGGAAGGUGGUCGCCAUACCGCUUUCUUCUCAAAUUAUAGACCUCAAUUUUACAUGAGAACAGCUGAUGUUACUGGUAAGGUCGAAUUGCCUGAAAAUGUGAAGAUGGUUAUGCCCGGGGACAAUGUGACUGCUGUUUUUGAGCUUAUUUACCCAGUUCCUCUUGAAGCAGGACAAAGAUUUGCCCUGAGGGAAGGUGGCAGAACUGUUGGUGCUGGAGUAGUUUCAAAAGUUAUGAGUUGAGAUAAUUUAUUUCAGGCGUUUUAAUUUGCCCGUUUUCCUUUUUCACUAGAGGGUUAGAAUGAACGAGUUUCUUGUUCAGGGAAGACAGGUUAUUGAGCAUGUCGAUUGCUAAUAUAUGCCACUGCUGCAAAAUGGUUUCAUCUGUAUCAUCAAUAAUUAAAUUUUUCCUUAAUCUUACUAAUUGCUUUGGCAUGCCAGAUAA